AGACUCACCUCCUACGCGGCCGCCACUUUCAUCAUCAGCAACGCCGGCGUCGCCGUCACCCACCCUCUCGCGGACUGCGGACAGCAGAAACCAUCACAUCAAACCGGAAACCACCCUUCCCUCCAGAACUCGAGACCAUUCUCCCCUUUCCCCUUCUCCACGCUUCGCCCCUCGCCGACUAUUUUAAACCCACGCUUGUUCUUCCCCGUCGGAUUCUUUUGUACCCCCGCGGGAGAUCCACGCAUCCACAGCCGAGCAGUGGAGCUCGAUCGCGAGGCUUCUAGAGAGUCGGGGGGAGUUCAGGCUUCUCCAAUGGCGUCGUCCCACAUCAUCCUGCCCAAGGAGGAGGAGGAGGAGGAGAAGGAGGCGGCGGCGGUGGCGGAGGCCGGGUUGGGCGUGGGGGUGGAGGCGGACCACGACUCCCCGGCGCAGCGGCCGUACCAGGAGCAGGCGCCAGGGAAGGCGGCGUUGCCGUUCUCGGCAACGUGCGUCCGGAUCUCCCGCGACUCGUACCCGAACCUCCGCGCGCUGCGGAACGCGUCCACCAUGGCACUCCACGAUGAUGACGCCGCCUUCGUCAAAAUCGAGGAGGGUGACUUCGGAUACGUGCUCGACGACGUCCCGCACCUCACCGACUACCUCCCGGACCUCCCCACUUUUCCUAAUCCUUUGCAAGAUCAUCCGGCGUAUUCAACUGUCAAGCAAUAUUUUGUCAAUGCAGAUGAUACAGUCCCUGAAAAGGUGGUUGUUCAGAAGAACAGUCCGCGAGGAGUUCACUUCCGUCGUGCUGGACCUCGUCAGAGGGUGUAUUUUGAGUCAGAAGAAGUGAAAGCUUGCAUUGUAACCUGUGGAGGCCUUUGCCCUGGGCUCAAUACUGUCAUCAGAGAGUUGGUGUGUGGCUUGUCCCACAUGUACAACGUUAGCAAUGUCUUUGGAAUACAGAAUGGGUACAAGGGGUUCUAUUCGAGCAAUUAUCUUCCCAUGACACCAAAGAGUGUGAAUGAUAUCCACAAACGAGGUGGUACGGUUCUUGGAACAUCACGAGGUGGCCAUGAUACCAAAAAGAUCGUUGACAACAUUCAAGAUCGUGGAAUUAAUCAGGUGUACAUUAUAGGAGGAGAUGGAACUCAGAAGGGUGCAUAUGAGAUUUACAAGGAAAUUCGGAGACGUGGUCUACAUGUAGCUGUUGCUGGUAUUCCCAAGACUAUUGAUAAUGAUAUAGCGGUUAUAGACAAGUCAUUUGGUUUUGAUACUGCUGUAGAAGAAGCCCAGCGUGCCAUCAAUGCAGCUCAUGUGGAAGCUUCAAGUGCUGAAAAUGGGAUAGGGUUAGUGAAGCUUAUGGGUCGCUAUAGUGGGUUUAUUGCCAUGUAUGCUACUCUUGCAAGCAGAGAUGUGGACUGCUGCUUGAUUCCUGAGUCACCCUUUUAUUUGGAAGGGGAGGGUGGACUAUUUGAGUAUAUAGAUAGGAGGUUGAAGGAGAACAACCACAUGGUUAUUGUUGUGGCGGAGGGAGCUGGACAGGAUCUUAUUGCUCAAAGUAUACCUGCUGCAGAUCAGCAAGAUGCAUCUGGAAAUAAGCUGCUUCUUGAUGUUGGUCUCUGGUUGACUCACAAGAUUAAGGAUUAUUGCAAGAGCAAGAAGAUGGAGAUGACUAUUAAAUACAUAGAUCCAACCUACAUGAUCCGUGCUAUUCCAAGCAAUGCAUCAGACAAUGUCUAUUGCACACUGCUCGCACAUAGUGCCAUUCAUGGUGCAAUGGCAGGAUACAGCUUUACAGUCGGAAUGGUUAAUGGCAGGCAUGCAUAUAUACCAUUUCAUAGGGUGACAUCUACAAGGAACAAGGUGAGGAUAACUGACAGGAUGUGGGCGAGGCUGCUGUCUUCAACCAACCAGCCGAGUUUCCUGAGCCAGAAGGACAUCGACGCGGCAAGAGAAGCCGAUAAGGCGGCCAAUGCGAAGAACCAAUCUGCACCAGCGUUGGCAAAUGGUGAGAAAUAAGUAUGCUUUUGACGGCUCUUUGUUGUGUACAGUAGCUGUUGCAAACUGACUGAGGUCAGUAGGCCAAAACUGCGAAUUCGAUGAGUUUUGCUUCCAUUUGCAUCGGAACAGAAUCCACGUAAUAAAAGUUUCAUAGUGUGUGUAUUUGCGUUAGUAAACGUGUACCAGUGCUCUGCAA